UUUGUGACGUUGACGUGUGUUUUGUUUUGAAAAGUGCAUUGAAAAAUUUUAAAUAAAAAUUUAAAGAUAUUUUUAAUUAAACUGCAGCAAUGCAUUAUAUUUCAGUGUAUGCAGUAUUAUUCGCAGUGCUAUGCAGUUGCCAUUUAAGUUUCGGAGUCAGAGAAUAUACUAAAGAACAUAUUUUACAAUUGAGGGAAGAAGUCCGUGAGAUGUUCCAGCAUGCAUAUGAUGGAUACCUGAAACAUGCAUACCCUUACGACGAGUUGCGUCCCCUGAGCUGCGACGGUGUGGACACGUGGGGCAGCUACUCCCUCACGCUCAUCGACGCGCUCGACACGCUCGCCAUCAUGGGCAACUACACGGAGUUCAACAGAGUGGUUGAUGUAGUCCUCAAGAAAACUAACUUUGAGUCGGACAUCAAUGUCUCUGUGUUUGAGACUAAUAUUCGUAUCAUAGGAGGGCUUUUGAGUGCGCAUUUGCUUUCACAUAAAACAGGAAUGGAACUAGAGCCUGGGUGGCCUUGCAAUGGGCCAUUACUCCGGCUAGCUGAGCAAGUAGCUCAGAAGUUAAUAGUGGCCUUUGACACAACCACAGGAAUGCCCUAUGGAACUAUAAACUUCAAGUCCGGAGUGCCUCCGGGUGAGACCAGCAUCACAUGCACUGCUGGAGUUGGCACAUACAUUGUAGAGUUUGGCACAUUGAGCAGGUUAACUGGAGAUCCAUUAUAUGAGGAGCUAGCAAUGCAUGCCCUCAAGGCACUGUACCACCACCGGUCUCCCAUCGGCCUCCUCGGGAACCACAUAGAUGUGAUGACGGGGCGGUGGACGGCCCAGGAUGCUGGCAUUGGUGGCGGAGUGGAUUCUUACUUUGAAUAUUUAGUCAAAGGUGCCAUCCUCCUAGAGAAGCCCGAACUGAUGUCAAUGUUCCGCGAGGCGCGGCGCUCCAUAGACAAGUACCUGAAGAAGGAGGACUGGUUCGUGUGGGCGAGCAUGCAGCGCGCGCACGUGUCGCUGCCCGUGUUCCAGUCGCUCGAGUCCUAUUGGCCUGGAGUACUUAGUCUUAUUGGCGAGAGUGACACAGCGAUGCGCAUAAUCCUCAACUACCACAGCGUGUGGCGGCAGUACGGCUUCACCCCUGAAGUCUACAACCUGGGCACGGGCGAAGUGUCCGCCUCCCGCGCCGGCUACCCGCUGAGGCCCGAACUCAUUGAGUCCAUCAUGUACCUGUACAGGGAUACCCGGGACCCGAUACUGCUGCAGAUGGGAGAGGAUAUACUGAGGAGCAUACAGCAUAGCGCUAAGACCUCGUGCGGGUAUGCUACGAUAAAAGACGUCCGCGACCAUCGCAAGGAGGACCGUAUGGAGUCAUUCUUCCUCGCCGAGACCACCAAGUACCUGUACCUACUCUUUGACACCGACAACUUCAUACACAACCCCGGGGUCACGGGCAAGGUCAUCAACACGACGAAUGGCGAGUGUCUGGUCGACAUGGGAGGGUAUAUCUUCAAUACUGAAGCGCAUCCGAUCGAUCCGAAUAUGCUGUAUUGCUGCCAUGAGGCGAAGGAUGGUAUUGACAUCAAUGAAGUAGACAAGGUUUACCAAAUACUAGAAGAGGAGGAUAAUAUUAAAUUUAUGACAAUGUUAGAAGGGGAUUCAGUUGUGAAUACAACUAAUAAUGAGACACUGACUGACGAGUCUCAGAAAGAGAUUAAUGACUCAGUUACAGUUGUAGCUAACACCACAAAUGAUAAAAUUAUGGAACCAUCUUACGAGGUUUCAGAAGAUGAGGAGUAUUUUGAAGUCCGUGAUGAGACAGAUGAUGAAAUAAAUGAUAAUAGUGCAAAUCAAGAAGAUGACAAUGAAAAUGAUGAUGAAAGUGACGAAUUAAAAGAAGUAUUGCAUAACAUUAACCAGGAUCAAGUCUUGAUUAAAACUGAAACAAGAGCUAACUACGUAAACAUUGACGGAACAGAAAGAGAAAAAGACAAGACAGAAACUACUCUAAGCAGUACUGUGAAAGACCGAAUUAACAAUUAUUAUAAUGCUACUUCAGAGAUAGAGGAAAUAAACUUUGCUAGAGAGAAAAGGAAAACAAGUGAAAUUUCAGACAGUUCUAGUCAAGAAGCAGAGAAGGUAGAAGUAGAUGAUAUAAUUUUAGCGAAAAAACCAAUCAAAGAGACUGAAAGAUUGCAACCUCCAAGUAGUUCGAAAGCCAAAGAUGCGUUCAAAAUGCUGCCAGCUGUGUUACAAGACUUUCUGACCAGUGAUUGGAAACACAAACCGAAGUGUGAGCCGCAGCACAUUCUAGAAAGGAUACGGAGAGAGAAGCUGUAUCCAGAUCAUCCUGAUGUGGAUAAAUACGAACUGUUGCUCACACCAGCGCCAUCUUUCUUGCAAAGGAUAUCGUUAGCUGGCGAAUUCGUCACAAGAAACAGUUAGAAUUAUGAUUAUCAGUUGUUUAGAUUUUAGGAUACAUUCUGUGAUUGCGACCUGCCUGUAACUUUGUAUUCUUCCUCCAUUUUGUUUCGUUUCGAGUCUGUUACAGUUAAGUACUUUACUGUACCUACUUAUUAUUGAUGUAAAUGUUAUUAAUAACACGAUCUCAUGAGUUGAGUUGCUUGACAAAAUCAAGAAAUGGCAGAGAGUUGAGGUUGCUUUCAGCGUGCAUAGUGUUGAUUUUUUUAUUUAUGUCCAUCGUUGUUAAGUUUAAGAAUAAAUGAGUUUAAGAUACCUAA